UUCUUACUCAAAGACACUUAAGUGUUAUAAGAGCUGAAGCUUUUAAGAACAAUAUUUGACGUCACGUCCCAUUUGACGCCAAAAUGAUAGGAAAAAUCCUUAUCCUAGCCACGGUGGCCGUGGCCAACGCCAGACAUGUUUUAGAGCCGGAGCGAGCGACGGUAUCAAGCGACCGUUGCAAACCGGGCAUUCACCAUCUACUGCCCCACGAGUGGGACUGCACGAAGUUCUACUACUGCGAGUAUGGAGAGAAGUGGGUCACCCCUAGAGACUGCGCUCCAGGGACUGAGUUCUCGUACGAACUUCAGACUUGUGUCCACCCUGAUGACGCUCACUGCACACUAUCAAGAGUGCCUCCUGCAUCCGGAGAGUCAGAAAGCAACGAGUCAGCGGAAACCGAGGCCCCAACUGAGGCCCCAAUCACAGAACCUACAACUACUGAGGCCCCUAGCCCAAGCACGGAGCCAGCGACGCUAGAACCCGCUAGUACUACUGAAGCCCCUAGCCCAAGCACAGAGCCAGCGACCCUAGAACCCGCUAGUACUACUCAGGCCCCUAGCCCAAGCACGGAGCCUGCGACCCUAGAACCCGCUAGUACUACUCAGGCCCCUAGCCCAAGCACGGAGCCAGCGACAUUGGAGCCCGCUAGCACUACUCAGGCCCCAACAGAGGCCCCUGAAAUUGAGCUGCUACCUAAUGGUUGCCCCGCCGACUUUGAGGUCUACCUCCUGCUGCCACAUGAGACACGUUGCGACAAGUUCUACUAUUGUGUGUUUGGAGAGAAGGUCGUCAGAGAUUGCCCGCCAAAUACUGCUUUCAAUCCUGAUAAACAGAUUUGUGACGAGCCCGAAAACGUAGAUUGCGUGAACGCCUCCGGAUCCUCAGAUUCUUCAGAAGAUUCUAAAGAAGACAUCGAUGGCAGCGGUGAGAUUGACAUAGGUAUUGACGAAAUCCUGCCCAACGGAUGCCCAGCCAGUUUCGAUGUGCUCAAACUGUUACCUCAUGAGAGUGACUGCAGCAAGUUCUAUUACUGCAUAUUCGGAGAGACUGUUGAGAGGAACUGCGCUCCUGGGACAUACUUCAACCCUGCUUUGGAGGUAUGCGACAGACCAGAGAACGUUGAAUGCGCCAACGGCGGUAACGGUGGCAGCGGUGAAAACGGUGGCAACAGCGGAAACGGAAGCGGUGAAAACGGUGGUAACAGCAACGGAAGCGGUGGAAAUGGUGGUAACAGCAAUGGAAGUGGCGAAGGAAACGGCGUUUUGCCCAACGGAUGCCCAGCUGACUUCGACGUCCACCAUCUGUUGCCUCACGAAAAUAACUGUGCCAAGUUCUAUUAUUGCGUGUUCGGAAAAAAGGUGGAGAGGUAUUGUGCCCCUGGAACACUCUUCAGCUAUGCCCAACAGGUAUGCGUCAUGCCAGCUGACUCUGAAUGUGCCAACGGCAGCGGUGAAAAUGGUAACAACAGUAACGAAGUCACUACCACCGCUGCCCCCAAACCUUAUCCCACUACUUCUGCACCCAUAACUUCGCCUACUGAAGCACCAGAAAUCGAAGUGCUGCCUAACGGCUGCCCUGCUGACUUCGACGUCCACCUUCUGUUGCCCCACGAGAGUGACUGUGCCAAGUUCUAUUACUGCGUGUUCGGAAAAAAGGUCGAGAGGGAGUGUGACCCCGGAACACUUUUCAGCGCCGCUCAACAGGUGUGCGUCAUGCCAGCAGAUUCUGAAUGUGCCAACGGCAGUGGUGAAAACGGAUCUAACGGCAGCGGUGGGAACGGUAGCGGUGAGAAUGGAAACAGUGGCGAGAACAACGGCAACGGAAGUGGCGAAGGAAACGGCGUUUUGCCCAACGGAUGCCCAGCUGACUUCGACGUCCACCAUCUGUUGCCUCACGAGAAUAACUGUGCCAAGUUCUAUUAUUGCGUGUUCGGAAAAAAGGUGGAGAGGAAUUGUGCCCCUGGAACACUCUUCAGCUAUGCCCAACAGGUAUGCGUCAUGCCAGCUGACUCUGAAUGUGCCAACGGCAGCGGUGAAAAUGGUAACAACAGUAACGAAGUCACUACCACCGCUGCCCCCAAACCUUAUCCCACUACUUCUGCACCCAUAACUUCGCCUACUGAAGCACCAGAAAUCGAAGUGCUGCCUAACGGCUGCCCUGCUGACUUCGACGUCCACCUUCUGUUGCCCCACGAGAGUGACUGUGCCAAGUUCUAUUACUGCGUGUUCGGAAAGGUCGAGAGGGAGUGUGACCCCGGAACACUUUUCAGCGCCGCUCAACAGGUGUGCGUCAUGCCAGCAGAUUCUGAAUGUGCCAACGGCAGUGGUGAAAACGGAUCUAACGGCAGCGGUGGGAACGGUAGCGGUGAGAAUGGAAACAGUGGCGAGAACAACGGCAACGGAAGUGGCGAAGGAAACGGCGUUUUGCCCAACGGAUGCCCAGCUGACUUCGACGUCCACCAUCUGUUGCCUCACGAGAAUAACUGUGCCAAGUUCUAUUAUUGCGUGUUCGGAAAAAAGGUGGAGAGGAAUUGUGCCCCUGGAACACUCUUCAGCUAUGCCCAACAGGUAUGCGUCAUGCCAGCUGACUCUGAAUGUGCCAACGGCAGCGGUGAAAAUGGUAACAACAGUAACGAAGUCACUACCACCGCUGCCCCCAAACCUUAUCCCACUACUUCUGCACCCAUAACUUCGCCUACUGAAGCACCAGAAAUCGAAGUGCUGCCUAACGGCUGCCCUGCUGACUUCGACGUCCACCUUCUGUUGCCCCACGAGAGUGACUGUGCCAAGUUCUAUUACUGCGUGUUCGGAAAAAAGGUCGAGAGGGAGUGUGACCCCGGAACACUUUUCAGCGCCGCUCAACAGGUGUGCGUCAUGCCAGCAGAUUCUGAAUGUGCCAACGGCAGUGGUGAAAACGGAUCUAACGGCAGCGGUGGGAACGGUAGCGGUGAGAAUGGAAACAGUGGCGAGAACAACGGCAACGGAAGUGGCGAAGGAAACGGCGUUUUGCCCAACGGAUGCCCAGCUGACUUCGACGUCCACCAUCUGUUGCCUCACGAGAAUAACUGUGCCAAGUUCUAUUAUUGCGUGUUCGGAAAAAGGUGGAGAGGAAUUGUGCCCCUGGAACACUCUUCAGCUAUGCCCAACAGAGUUUUGGUAUGCGUCAUGCCAGCUGACUCUGAAUGUGCCAACGGCAGCGGUGAAAAUGGUAACAAUAGCAACGAAGUCACUACCACCACUGCCCCCAAACCUAAUCCCACUACUUCUGCACCCAUAACUUCGCCCACCGAAGCACCAGAAAUCGAAGUGCUGCCUAACGGCUGCCCCGCUGACUUUGACGUCAACCUUCUGUUGCCUCACGAGAGUAACUGUGGCAAGUUCUACUACUGCGUGUUUGGAGAAAAGGUCGAGAGGGAUUGUGCCGCUGGGACUCACUUCAGCUUCGAAAAACAGGAAUGCGUCUAUCCAGAAGAAGCUGGCUGUGAAAACGGAAGCGGAGAAGGUUCUGGUGAGGGAUCCGGCAGCGGUGAGAAUGGGAGUCAAGAGAGCGGUGAGGGCAGCGGAGACAGCCAUGAAUCUGGAGGAAACGGAAGUGGUGAAAAUGGCAGUCAAGAGCAAUCUGACAAGUGCAAAAAUUCCUGCAACGUCCCCGCAUGGGCUCACAAACACGACUGUGACAAAUUCUGGCGAUGCGACGGAGAAACAGCUGUAUUAGUCACAUGCGCUGAAGGCCUACACUUCAAUGCUCAGACUAAGACUUGCGAUUUCAUCUGCAACGCUGGAUGUGUUAGGGAUGAUGUCCAAAGUACUCCAGCGAAGGAGGGUUUGAAGUUGUUCCUGCCUUGGGACAAGGUUGACAGCACUAUCAGAAGUUUAUAUCUUGGUGAGCUGAAAUACUUGAACCACGGUAAUUAAGGUGUUAGGUUCUGUCCUAAAGGACUUGUGGCUUAAACAAGGCCAUAUUGUUACAUUUAUGCAAAGUAACAAAAUGUAACAAAGUAACAAAAUGUUAUAUUACGAUCUACUUAAAUUAAUACCGAAUUCAUAUUCAUAUCAAAUUUAUUUCAUUUUGAACACCUGAAGAUAUUGUACGGUUUUGUUGUAAAAUAAAAUCGUUUUAAUAUUGUUGACAAAAUAAACAUUUCGUAUCAUACAUAAGA